UUCUCAAAUAGUAUUUUCUUCUAUCCUUUGUGAACAAAACCUUUAACCAGUCCAGGGCUUAAUCAUGGCAAGAAGGACCAGCAGAUACGACUUACCGAUGGCAGGUUCAACAACUGUGAAUGACACCACACACUGUAUCAUUCCGGCUCACACUGAUGGACGGCUUCAUGAGUUGAACCAAGAGUUAAUAAAACUUGAAAAGCAAUUGGAAGAGGAAAAUAAACUUGCAGAAGCGUUGGAGAAAGCAGAGAAGGAGGAGUCAAGAAAGGAUCAGUGGUGGAGGAAGCCCAUUGAAGAGCUUGACAUGGAGCAGCUUAUGACAUUUGCUAAGAUGUUGGAAGGUCUCAAGAAAGAUAUUCGUAAGGAGAUAAAUUCACGCUCUAUGGAUCUUAACAACGUUAAUAGUCGUACUUUCAGUAAUGCUGCCGAGAAUGUCAAUCCAUUUGGUGGUAACUAA